AUGCAGAAUGAGGUGUGUGCAGCUGGUGUCACCUGGAACUUGAGCAGCUGCACGAGGGGUGUCGGAGGUCUGACACUGGCCGAGGACAAACUAAGAGCGCAGAAGUCCAGGAAUGUGUUCCACAUAGCCAGCCAAAGAAGCUUUAAGGUUAAAAAUAAAGCAAAACCAGUUACCACUAAUCUUAAGAUAAACAUUCUGAUUCCUCAGCAGUGUCAUGAAAACGAACCAGUUAAUGUUGAUGAAGCUACAAGAUUAAUGGCUCAGUUGUAAUACACUGGUGAUGCAUCAAAUUCCCCCAAAAGACCAAUAAA